GUAUAGAUGGGUUUGAUGUUGUGGGUGUACCUGUGUAUAGAUGGGUUUGAUGUUGUGGGUGUACCUGUGUAUAGAUGGGUUUGAUGUUGUGGGUGUACCUGUGUAUAGAUGGGUUUGAUGUUGUGGGUGUACCUGUGUAUAGAUGGGUUUGAUGUUGUGGGUGUACCUGUGUAUAGAUGGGUUUGAUGUUGUGGGUGUACCUGUGUAUAGAUGGGUUUGAUGUUGUCGGUGUACCUGUGUAUAGAUGGGUUUGAUGUUGUGGGUGUACCUGUGUAUAGAUGGGUUUGAUGUUGUCGGUGUACCUGUGUAUAGAUGGGUUUGAUGUUGUCGGUGUACCUGUGUAUAGAUGGGUUUGAUGUUGUUGCGGGAUUGAGCAACGACUACAAGCGGUUUGUGUGAACUCUUAAACCACCCUUUUUUCCCCCCCAAGAAAUGUGUGUGGUGGAAAGCAAGUAAACAUCAAAUCAACAUUUUUAAUCUAUAAGCAGCUGGAUGCUAAGUUGGCUUCCCUCCUGGUGCCCCACGUCUCCCUCUCAGCUGAAAGACGCCGAAGAAAAAAUGCUCAAGAGUGUGAAGCGGCCUUUCUCCAGGCAGCACGUCCGGAUAUCCAAUGACAACUAUUUGUGGACAGUAGCUUUUUCCACUCAUCCACAGCCGUUCUCCCCGUCUUGCCCCCAGCCCCAUGCCCCGCCCGGGCCUCCUCUAGUUCUCCUGCACGGCAUCGGGGGUGGAGUGGCCCUCUGGGCCCAAAACCUGGACUCCCUCUCCGGCAGCGGCCCGGUCUACGCCCUGGACCUGCUGGGCUUCGGCAGGAGCAGCCGGCCCCAGUUCAGCUCCGACCCGGAGGGAGCCGAGGAGCAGUUCUUGGCGGCCCUGGAGGAGUGGAGGGUAAAGGUGGGACUGGAGGAGAUGGUGCUGCUGGGACACAACCUCGGAGGAUACCUAUCUGCCGCCUACACUCUCAAACACCCUCACAGAGUAAAAAGUCUACUGCUGGUGGAGCCAUGGGGGUUCCCUGCUCGCCCUGAGAACCCAAACCACAACUCCAUCCCAGUGUGGAUCAGAGCCAUAGGAGCUGUCAUGAGCCCCUUCAACCCUCUGGCUGGACUCCGACUCGCUGGGCCUCUAGGUCCAAUGCUGGUCCAGACCAUCAGGUCUGAUUUCAAGCAGAAAUACUCGUCUGUGUUCGAUGACAACACCGUGUCUGACUACAUCUACCACCUGAACGCCCAGACUCCAAGCGGAGAAACAGCCUUUAAGAACAUGACUAUUCCCUACGGCUGGGCUACGAGGCCUAUGCAGGAGCGGAUCGGGCAGGUCCAGGCUGACAUCCCCAUUUCCUUCAUCUACGGGUCUCGCUCCAGCAUCGACAGCAACUCUGGAUACGCCCUCAAGAAAACCAGACCAGAUGUGGAAAUCACAGUGAUCAGAGGAGCAGGCCACUACGUUUUCGCCGACCAGCCCGAUGACUUCAACCAGGCGGUCCUGCGGAUCCUUGCCGGAACUGAGAGGAGAGGUGAGGACGAGGAGCAGUGAGACUUCCUUCAUUCAGAGGACACACAGGAGAGCGCAGGGAUGAACUGACUGACACCAGCCCAGUACAAAACUACAACAGCUCAGUUCGACUCUGCUGCCUCUUUAUCAUGCACUUUAGUCUUCAGAGACACUUUACUCAUCGCUCCACACUCGGGCCCUCUCCGAGGCUUGAGGUCAAAGGUCAGAAAAAUGCCGCAGGGUUCUUUAUCCAGUCUCAUGUAAUUAAGUUUUAUAAAUAAAUGUGAGAUGAGUCUG